UUUUUUUUAGCCCUUCUUCUGUCCCUGCCCUCAAUGGCGCUCCCUUCACCUUCAUCUCCCCUUCGUCGUCCUCUUCUUCCCAUCCCAUUGAUUUGGUUCAGCACAUGACCGCAAUUCCUGCUGUGGGUCUUUCCCCCCAGCUCCGAUUCAUAUUCUUCCUCUGAACUCAGAACCAGGGCUCGUCUUGUUUCGGGGGGAUUCGAGGUUGUCUUCUCCAUCUUUUGUCUCCGACAUUUCUCGACGUUUUUUUUUUUUCUCUCUCUUUUUUGGUACGUUAUUUCACGUGGGUUUCUGGAAAAAAGUUGCCUUUUGGUGCCAUCGGAUCGUUACCUUUCACAGGUACUCUGUUCCCACUCUGCCCAUUUGGUUCUUGCAUCGGAAUUUAUUCGUUCCUGGGCUGUGCCCUUCCCAUUUGUCGAGGUUGCGGAGGUGAUUGAUUGAGUGCAUUAGGUUUCUCGUGCGUGUGGGUAUCAUUUCUCCAUCAAGAUAAGAGUUUUGAUGGGUUUUGUAGGAAUUUCAAAUUUUUGGCACUCCAUCUGAGCUUUGUACCUUCUCAUCUGCUCUGUUUUUAUGGCACUUGAAGGAAUGGUUACUGUUAUUUUACCUCGAAUCAGCUCCAUAUACUGAAAAGAUCUACUCAUGUGCAAUAGAAGAGUCGCGAGUCCGAGUGAAUCGCCGUUAGUUGAGCUAGAUCAGCACCAGCUCCAUAAUCCCCCUCCUCCUCCUCCUCCUCCUCCUCAUCAGGCUGUUCACUUGAUGGAUAGCCCUUCCACGGCCUCGAAUUCUGCUCCAGGCUCAGUCUCACCGCUCAGCUCAAAUGACGAGACCCAGCGAGUAAAAUUCCUCUGCAGCUUCUCAGGCAGCAUACUGCCCCGCCCGCAGGAUGGGAAAUUGAGGUACGUCGGUGGAGAGACCAGAAUAGUUAGUGUCCCUAGAGACAUUACUUAUGAGGACUUGAUGAAUCGGAUGAGGGAGCUCUUUGAGGGGGCAGCAGUGCUGAAAUACCAGCAGCCUGAUGAGGAUCUCGAUGCCUUAGUCUCGGUUGUGAACGAUGAUGAUGUGACCAACAUGAUGGAGGAGUACGAUAAGUUGGGCUCCGGAGAUGGGUUCACUAGGCUCAGGAUAUUCCUCUUUUCCCACCCUGAACAAGAUGGAUCCUUGCACUAUAUUGAUGGAGAUGAUCGGAAUUCCGAGAGAAGGUAUGUUGAUGCCCUGAACAAUAUGAACGAUGCAUCAGACUUUAGGAAGCAGCAGCUCCUAGAUUCCUCAAUGAUUGGCGCUGUGGAAGAUAUGCACUUAACUGAACAGUUCUUUAGCCCGAUGAGUGGUGAUAUAGGAGUUCCUCAUAUUAAUUUGCACCACCUCACCAUACCGAGGAUGGGGUCAGGGCAACUGCAAAUGGAGCCUCCAUGGAGCCCUGCCUACUAUUCUCCAAGGCACCACACACCCCAUGAAUUACGGCCGGAAUUUCCGCCUUCGCCCUCCUCAGCGCGGUAUGGGAUGCCUUUCGGUGGAGAAUUAUCAGAGGAAUAUCCAUGGCAACAACAAGUUAGUCAUGAGCACCAUCAACAGCAGCAGUUUCCUGAGAAUGUUGUUUGGGUCCCGACUAAUGGGACCCCUUCUGGCGAUAUGGGUUAUCCAGGUAACAUACUCCAUGGUCCCAGUGAUGGGAACGUUUGUGAGCACUGUCGGUUGUCCUUUGACAGACCUCAACCGCGUAUGGAGAUGAAUGCCCAAUGUCCCGAGUGCCCUUCGGGUCGGGAUAGUUACUUGUUGAUGAAUGCUAACUUGAAACCCCUCCAUGUGGCCCACCCUCGGGAGCAGAAGGAGCCCCGGGUUCUUUACAAUGAACCCCAUUCUCAAGAACGAGGCGGGCCCCUUGCUCACCAGUUGAAUCCUCAUGGUGAGGAUGCAAGAGUUCAUGCAGUGGGAGCUGGAACUGGGAGACUGAACGAUUAUUAUGUUAGAGAUGGUCCAAGCAUGAAUUUUUCUGUUGGGCAUCCUAGUAUAGUUGAUGGGCAUCAUGUUUCCUCCAACUAUGUCCCUAACCAAGUUGGGCCUGACCAGGGCACUGAAGUCUUUCACGACCCGUCUGUGGCUGGUUCCCCACAUAUUCCAUUGGGCUAUGCUUAUGGCGUGGAUAGUAAUGUUCACAUGGUUCCGCAUGGACACCAUCUUCAUCCACAGACAAUGUGGAGGAAUGCCCCUAAUGCGGUGCAUGGCGGGUCUCCUAACGAAGUGUCCCAUCCAGCUCAGCCAUCGAAUGGCACGACAGGCCAAGGUUUUGUUAGGGCCACUCCAGAUGGCAGCCCAAGGUUUUGCACUGGGGUCGAUAGUCAAAUACCAAGGGUUGAGCUUCCUCAGAAGGCAUUUGGCUUUGAUGGCCCGGGCCCCACUUUGGCCAUUAAUAAGGGUGGUUAUUUCCCUGAGGGCCAGCAUUCGCAUGCCCAGGAUGCGUUGCAGGCCCCACAAGGGGUGGCGAGUAACGGGAUUAAUGUCAAUGAAGUAGUGGAAAUGGCCACGAAAGAGCAGAAUGAAGAAGGAAAUGAGACUAAUAAGAUAGAAGAACCAGGCGAUAAGAUCGUAGAUACAGAACAAAAGCAGAAACCUCGUGAAUCUUUAAAUGCAAAUUGCUCAAGGGAAAAUGGAAGUGGUCGCAACAUUGUUAUUAAUUUAUCUGAGGUGAAUGUUCCUGUAAAGGCAGCUUCGUUGGUAGGUGAGGGUGAUUUGAAAGAUGAAGCUAAAAGUGAAGGUGAUGAUUCCAAAGGUCAGGCUAAAACUUCGAAAGAAGCAGAGACUAAAGGAGCAGAAGUAUCGAAUACCCAAGGGGAGCUGGAGGCAAGUUCCGAUGAUCAUGUCAAAAAUUCCAAAAUCGAGCCAACGAAAGCCGAAGCAGAAGCUAUUGCCCGAGGAUUGCAGACAAUAAGGAAUGAUGACCUCGAAGAGAUACGCGAGUUGGGGUCUGGCACAUAUGGAGCCGUUUAUCAUGGAAAGUGGAAGGGUUCUGAUGUAGCUAUUAAGAGAAUAAAAGCCAGCUGCUUUGCUGGUAGACCUUCUGAAAGAGAACGACUGAUUGCGGAUUUCUGGAGGGAGGCAUUAAUUUUGAGUUCUCUGCAUCAUCCGAAUGUUGUUUCCUUCUAUGGCAUAGUACGAGAUGGUCCAGAUGGGUCUUUAGCUACAGUGACGGAAUUUAUGGUCAAUGGAUCCCUCAAACAGUUUUUGCAGAAAAAGGACAGAACUAUCGAUCGGCGGAAAAGACUCAUCAUAGCCAUGGAUGCAGCUUUUGGGAUGGAAUACUUGCAUGGGAGAAAUAUCGUACAUUUUGAUCUGAAAUGUGAGAAUCUUCUAGUGAACAUGAGAGAUCCUCAACGGCCUGUGUGCAAGAUUGGAGAUCUCGGGCUGUCAAAGGUGAAGCAGCACACACUAGUUUCCGGGGGUGUUCGUGGGACUCUACCCUGGAUGGCACCUGAACUCUUGAGCGGAAAAAGUAACAUGGUGACCGAGAAGAUUGAUGUGUACUCUUUCGGAAUUGUCAUGUGGGAAUUGCUCACUGGGGAAGAACCAUAUGCAGACAUGCAUUGUGCUUCAAUAAUUGGAGGAAUAGUGAACAACUCAUUACGCCCAAAAAUCCCAUUGUGGUGCGAUCCUGAGUGGAAGUCCCUGAUGGAAAGUUCCUGGGCUGCGGACCCAUCUGAGAGGCCCUCAUUCUCGGAGAUUUCUCAGAAGCUGAGGAGCAUGGCUGCUGCAAUUAAUGUGAAGUAGCGCCUCGGUCAAAUCAGCUCAGUGUUUUUCUUCCCUCUGCUGCACCUCCACUGUAGCAGAAGAACGGUAAAAUCGAGAUAUUAAAAGAAAUAAGUGUAUAUUUCCGAGUUUAGGGCUGCCUACUGUUUUAUCGAGCAACCAAAGGCUGAUGAUGCAAUUCGCAUUAGACGCUUCUUCUCCUCAGAAGACUUCCAUAUAUAUCCCGAAGGAGAGACUUUUGGGGCAGAAUUUUUUCAUGUGAGUGGCUUCAUUUCAUCCUCGUCAUGAGAGAACAGAUCGUCCAAGACCCCCUUUUGUACUGGUGAAAUUAUGUGGUGAAUUUACAGCCAACUUUCAAAGCAGACUUGGCCGAUGAAUUUUUUUUAUUUAUUCUAAUGGCGUCCUGUGUGGAAGCCCUUUUCGAUUCUUAGUAUGAUGAUUUCACUGAGAUGGGGGGUCUUAAGAGUAUUCUUCGAUUGCGGGUUGCCUAUUGGACUGACGGUAUAUGCACGGACAAUCAUUCUGCAGGUUGGUACUAUUAUAUGGAUCGGAAGAUGCUCAUGAGGAUGAGAAGGAAGCUCUGGAGAUUGGUUUCUGUAUAUAAGCUGGUGAAAGGGUAUACAAUACUUCCUUGUAGUUUGGACUUUUAAGAAAAGAGUACAUUCAUGUAUUGUGCCUAAGCUUAUAUGUUUUAGAUCAAACUCGGAGCUAAGCGUUAACGCUUAUGGUCGGGACUCCAAUAAAAUUUUGUCUUCCCGUCGAAUUGUUCCAUUAUAGAAAUAAUUAUAUUAUUACAUGCAUUUCUCAA